GCUGGUGCGAGUGUUUGAGGAGGAGACCCUCAGUGACUGUGGCUCGACUCCAGAUCCAGGAAGAGGAGCCUGUUUGCAUUCCUCUACAGGUGCAAGACAAUGGAGGUGAAAAUGGAGCAGCAGGACGAAGACCUCACAUUCAGCAACACUGACACUAAUAGUAAACGCCCGGCUGAGGACAUGGAUGAGGAGCAGGCCUUCAAGCGAUCACGCAACACAGAUGAGAUGGUGGAGCUGCGUGUGCUGCUCCAGAGCAAAAAUGCUGGUGCUGUCAUCGGAAAGGGUGGAAAGAACAUAAAAGCUCUACGCACAGACUACAAUGCCAGUGUAUCAGUCCCAGACAGCAGUGGCCCAGAGCGGAUUCUGAGUGUGAACGCCAGCAUCGACACUAUUGGAGAUAUUCUGCUGAAAAUCAUACCAACUCUAGAGGAGUACCAACAUUACAGCGGGAUUGACUUUGACUGUGAGCUUCGCCUGCUGAUCCAUCAGAGCUUGGCAGGGGGCAUCAUUGGGGUGAAAGGUGCCAAGAUAAAGGAGCUGAGAGAGAACACCCAGACCACCAUCAAGUUGUUCCAGGAAUGCUGUCCACACUCCACUGACAGGGUCGUCUUGGUCGGAGGAAAACCAGAACGCGUCAUUGAAUGUAUAAAAGUUAUCCUGGAGCUGGUGUCAGAGGCUCCAAUCAAAGGUCGUGCUCAACCUUAUGACCCUAAUUUCUAUGACGAGACGUACGAUUAUGGAGGUUUCACCAUGUUAUUUGAGGAAAGAGGCAGACGACCCAUUGGUGGGUUCCCUAUUCGCGUGCGUGGAGGCUUUGAGCGAAUGCCCCCCGUUCGUGGCAGCAGACCCUUGCCUCCCUCCAGAAGGGACUACGACGACAUGAGCCCUCGUCGGGGUCCUCCUCCACCUCUGAGCCGAGGGGGACGAGGCGGCAGCCGAGCUCGUAACCUGCCUCUCCCCCCGCCUCCACCACCAAGAGGAGGGGGAGACAGGUUUUCACAUGGCAGCUACCACAGCAGCAUGGACGACAGACCAACCGACAGGAGAAGCCGAGGAGACCGUUACGACAGCAUGAGUGGAGGCGGAUAUGGUGGCAGAGGGUCAUACAGUGAUAUUGGAGGCCCGGUCAUAACGACACAAGUCACCAUCCCAAAAGAUCUGGCUGGCUCUAUCAUUGGAAAGGGCGGCCAGAGGAUCAAGCAGAUCCGCCAUGAGUCUGGGGCAUCCAUCAAGAUUGAUGAACCACUAGAGGGCUCUGAGGACCGCAUCAUCACCAUCACAGGAACACAGGACCAGAUCCAGAAUGCCCAGUACCUGCUGCAGAACAGCGUGAGGCAGUACUCUGGUCGGUUCUUCUAGAAAGAAGGAAGUGAAGAAGAAGAGUGAAGCCAUGCUGCUGUACGGUUUGCUCCUUCUAUUCAGAGCCUACUUUCCUCUGCUUUGGGUAGAAGCGCCUCCUCCCCUCCUCCCCUCACUACCACACACUACGCCACCUAUCUGUGCAUUGGAAACCUUAUUUAGAGGAGUUUUGAAAAAUCUCAAAGCUGUCAAACAGCGAACAAAAGGUCAACAACGUAUUUCUGUGCUGGUGUAAUUCUUUUUUUGGGAGACUGUUGUGCUGUCAUUGGAGUAAACUCAUAUGUAUGAUAACUUUCGGUGUUGUGAGCCGCCCCCUGGCCCUUAUCUCCCUCAUUUCAGUACAGCAUGCGGAAUGUAAUCUUUUUUGUAAGGAACACUGUGUGAUUUUAGGUUGUUCCCUUUUCUUUUCUCAAAUGUUGAAGCACCCUCUCCAAGUGAAGAUGCAUGUUCUCAAGAAUGGGUAAAGAACCAUUUAAAUAAUCUUUGAUUUUUACACAACCCCCUUUUUCACUUUAAAAUGAAGUACUUUUUGUAAAAUGGGCUUUAAAGGAAAUGUUUGACAUUUUAGGAAAUGUGCUUAUUCUCUGGGGCAGGUUUUACAAAGAUAAAAUGUGUUCCUCUGGAUGCUACAGUCAUCCAUUUCACAAAGCUGUGCCUGCACAGAGGUUUCCGAAAACCUGUAUCGCUUGUUAACUACAUAAUUUAAUAAACAUGGCAGGUUAGCUGGGUUGAGAUCUGGCAACUGCCUAACAUGUUC